GAAACUUUUUUGCCUCAACUCAGGCGGUUUCGAGAAAUCAACACUACACCACAACAGCGACUUAGGCCAACCAGCAGUCGACGACAAAUUGUCACAGCGACCUACGCUCUCAAUGCAGGACUAAUAUUGACGAUAUCUCGUGCCUUUUGUGCAUCACCUUCCAUACACUCGUUUCUUCUGGGCUGUAGCUCUCAACCAUAGAAUUGCGCGAAGAUCCACCACAAUGAUAUUAUGAAAUUGCGCAUGCUGUCGUCACGUCGAGUCUUUUUUCCUCAUGCCCGUCAUAGAGCGGUCUGCAGCUAUCCUGGAGCCAGGCAGCCUCCAUAAAACCCUUACGACGGUCCGCACCGCUCGACAGCUACACGCAGCCUUCUGGCGCCAUGGAGCUGCCGAGCUCGAACUUCUGAGCGCCGGACAGAUGCUCCCCGGCGAUUGCCUCUCGACUCCUUCAGAUGCAGGUCCAGGCAGGCCCGACGGGCCCAUGAUGGCAUCCAUCCUACCGUUCGAUUUUCUCUAUCCUCAGAGUUCCGCGGGUCUUCGCCAGCGUCUCUACUCCAGUCCCAUCACAGGGGUAUGGGAACAAUCGGAGCGCUUGAGGCGCCCUUAUGCGUCAGGUCGACCGGAUGCUCGAGCCUACACCAGCCACGCAAUCGAGAAACCGACGGAUGAUUCUAUAAUAUCCCAUAAAGAGAAGGAUACAGAGGCGCUAGACGAGUCUGGGCAAAAGUCAGGGACAAAUCCUCAAGACCAAUCGCAAAAUUCCAUCCGUAACGAUGAUGAAUCUCCCGAAAACUCCGGCUCGCGCGCAGAUGUCCCAUUGAAUGUCCAUCACGCAAAACAUAGCGGCAAACUCAACACGACCGAGUCGGACCGGGUGGAAGUGUAUACAAAGGCAAAGGCAGGUGCCCCAGAAGCAUCGAGAUCUGAACAGAGCCGCCAAGUGAAAGCAAAGAAUUCUGCGACGCAAUCGGAGAGCAAGCCCAGCAUAGACCAGGACGCAGGUGACCAUUUCCCGAUCAAGGCACAUGAAAGGGUCCUUGGGGGUCAACUUCCAUAUGGUGUUAACAAACGUCGUGUCAAACAAGCACUGGUGAAGAAAAAAGUGACUGGCGUGUUGCCCCGUGCUUUGGAAGAAGACCUCACAUCAACCAAUUAUGGCGCAAUAUCGAGACCUGCCAGACAUGUGACUGUGGCGGGCACAAAGGAAAGCUUCGAUAGGUUGGAUCAUCUCUGGGAGGAAUUCCAAAAUCUUUCACCGGAAGAGCAGUAUGAACGCGCACAUGAGAUGAUUCUCGAUCUAUCGCAGUCUCAGAGACUUGCCGAUCAUUGGAGAAUCACCCAGAUCUUCCCUCUGAUCCGCGAAAACGUCUUGAAGAAGUCCAAAGGCGACGGUUGCCAGACAGCGGCACACGUGAGGGCUGCCAUCAGGGCAUAUUACGCCCUUGGGGACAGUGAAACUGGCAUGAAAAUCUAUAGGUCCUGGAUCAAUGAGAAACGGCGACCUGUAGGGUUUGGAUACCCAGCUGCCGAAAUCAUAAAAGCCGCUGACUGGCCGCGUCUCGCAGAACUGUGGCAAGAGUAUUUCGAUAAUAUUUUUUGGACGCCCAAUUUUCAUCAGAAGGAUUCGGAAUCACUCGCCAGCCUCGGUUUGAACCCUCAAAAACGUAUUCAACGAAGCGUGGAACUCGAACAGACGGAAGCGCAACACAUACACGCCAUUCCCGGUUUCAAGGAAAAAGUACUACAGUUGUUCGAUUAUGUCUUCGACAAACACACUCCUGACCAGCAGAGAAAGCCUUUGGAAUCGUUCCUGAUCCUCUCCAUCCGAUGGCUCCUUCCGCAGUACAAACCUCGGGAUGCUUUCCGUAUGGUGUUGAGACUUGAGGACAGUGGACUAUGUCAGGAAUUCAUAGAACUGUGUGUCCAAAGGGGACAGCUUGCCCUGGCCACACAAGCCUACAUUGAGAUUCGCUUGCUGCCUGGUCGGGGACUCCCCGCCCCGGUGCUCAGGCUGUUGAUCAAAGAGAUCUUUUUGCCACAAAGAGACGUACAAAAGAUGGAACUUGUCAUGCAGGACUGGCUCAGGCGGUAUCCACGGCUCGAUAUCAUGGGCUAUCGGGCGUUUCUCUCGCUGUACUCGGUACAUGGCGACGUUGCUUCUUUCAAGCGUAUAUACGAUAUGUUUGUCAAAGAAUAUCCCGACUUGGCAUGGACUGGUGCAUAUGACAUGCUCAUGCUCUACAGACGCCGAGGUGACACAGAAAUGGUUCAGCAGUUGUUCGACGAGAUGGAGUCGCGUUAUAAGAGGAAACCCAAAAUCAUCCAUUGGAACGUGCUUUUAAGCGCCUACAAGCGUGACCACAACCGUGCUCUAGAAGUUUUCGCGGCCCUUUGCGAGGCCGUAGAGCCGAAUGAGACAAGUUUCGCCAUAAUUAUGAAGAUACUGGGCUGGAGAGGUGAGCUACAGUUGGUGCGAGAGCUCCACCAAAUAGGAAUUGACCGUGGUAUCCAAAUGACACCGCGGAGCAGGGUGGGCUUGAUAGAUGCGCUCUGCAUCAACGAGAGGCUCGACGUAGCCGAACGGAUCUGCAAAGAGGAGACCCUCCAAGCAAACAACAAAGAGUCACGAUCCAAGGUUCGAUUUCUUUGGAAUAGGCUCAUCAGACACUACGCCACAAGGCGGGAUCUGGUGUCCUGCCACCGUAUCCUCAAUGAGAUGGGAGACAACAAUGUGGGCUAUGACUCCGAAACCUAUUACUUCCUGUUGAUGGGCUUGGCGUACACUCGUCAAGCUCAUCACGGACUCCAUCUCAUUCGGGCGGCCCUGCUAGGUGGUGUCUUCAAGCCAUCGGCUAAGCACUUUCUACUCCUGAUGGCAGGCUUUAUACGCAACGGCGAGCUGCACAUGGUUGCCAAGGUCGACGAGCUUUUGACAAAUGCUGGUCUGCCGAGAUCGUCCAGUACCACGCUCAGGAAUAUCCUGGCCCUGUUAGAGGCAGACAAGAGAGGAUUCAAAUCUCCUGACGGGAAGGUGCUGUCUAGCGACAACUUGCGUCACGCUUUAAGCACCUUCACCGAUUUCUUGAGGGAGCGCCGGGCUGGGGCCCAAGAACGAGCGGUCAACAUCUACCCUCAAGAUGUGGGCAGGCUUCCAACUGACCUAUUUGCCUCGUUGAUUUUCUUCGCCGUAACCAUCCGGCAAGACAAGGCCGUGGCCGACAAGCUCUUGGAGAUGUUCCGGAUCCAAGAAGGAGACAACGGACGAGUCAGCCACUUCAGUGAUAUUCGAAUGCUUGUUUCCAUCCUCAAUUACGAGGCUUUCCAACGCGACUUUGAUGACGUCAUGGCGAUAUGGGAAAGCAUAUUUGAGAUGGCCCGCGAGGCCGGCCGCUCGGCCGCUGCAGAUUUUGCCGCAACCGACGAUGCAUCCCGCCCACGACGCACGCCGGACCUGAUCGCGCCGGCGUGGAAAUUCGUGCUAGCCGACUCCCUCAAGACGAUGCAGCGUCUGCUCGAGACACGAGGCGACGCCUCGGCGCUCAAGGCCCUGUUCCAGCGCGUUCGCGCCGCAGGGUUCGAGCUGACGGGUCCCAAUUGGAACCACUACAUUCAGGGUCUAGCGCGCUUAGGCGAGUGGCGCGAAGCCUUUACCCUCUGCGAGCGCGUGCUCAUGCCCCAGUGGAAGGGCUGGGCUAGGCCGCUGGGCCAGAACCGUGAAGCCAAGAUUAAGCUGCCUCUCGAGGUGCGCCGCAUGGGAACCAGGCUCGACUACCGCCGACCCGUCUCGUAUACGAUUAUCGAGCUGGGCCGACACUACAGGGAAAUGAUAAAUCUCGCGCCCUGGUCUCGCGAAGCCGACGAGCUGCUCAGUACCAUCAGAGCGCAGUGCCCCAUGCUGAUUCGCGCAAUAAGCUCGUUUCCGGGCUUCAGUUACCCUGCUCAGGAUAAGAUCAUUGACGGAACAGCUACUUUGGCUAGCCAGGGCCGGUGGAGCAAAAUGCAGGCUAACUUCAACGCCGAGAGUGCUCCGGGCUCCGACGAAGCCGUCGGUGUCCUGGACAGCUUCCUAGCCGAAAUGACGGCUGAGGACGAGCCAUCCGGGGGGCUCGAGGAUACCGUCAAUGCGGAGCAGGCUGAUACCGAGCCCGAGUCUCAAACGCUACCUAGUCUGAGGAAAGUCAUUUGAAGAUGUCUCGAGAGGAUGGCGUUAGCCGAGCCGCAUCUGGUUAACCACACCAAGGUCAUACUUUUGUCGAAAUUAUGCUAUGUACUCUAUAAUUGUGUUUCUAGAACUAGACUUAUAACAACUGUACAAAGACCUGUACUUAGAGCAUAUAAUUCUCAAAGCAUCUACCCAUAUACACCACAUACAGGCG